GGAGGGUGACGGAGGAGGCCACGCCCCAGCUGCUGCCCAGUACUCAGCGCAGUGUUCACUGUCAAUAAAGCUACGGGGGAAAAAAAGAAUUGGUGACUCAGCAGAAGAAUGGCAGCUGUAGGAGAAGCGGAGCAAGUGGUGUCUCUGCGGGGCAAGGUGUGCCUGGUGACGGGGGCCAGCUCUGGGAUCGGGGCCGGCACUGCCAUACUUUUUGCCCGUCUAGGGGCCCGGUUGGCCCUUAAUGGAAGAAAUGAAGAGAAAUUGAAGGAGACGGCUCGGGGCUGCGAGGAGUUCUGUGAGCAGAAGCCUCUGCUGGUUCCUGGAGAGCUGACGGAUGAGGCGGUGGUGCGGGGGAUGGUGGAGCAGACGGUGGCGCACUUCGGACGACUGGACGUGCUGGUGAAUAGCGGAGGGAUACUGCUGAUGGGGACCAUAGAGAACACGGCGCUGGAGGACUACGACCGCGUGAUGAACGUGAACGUCCGGUGAGAAGUGGCGUCACGGGGGGGGCGCGUCCCGUCAGUCAUGUGACGCUGUCUGCUCAUAUUGGGCUGUUUAUUGUGUUUAUGGAGGUUGGCGCCCUGUGUGGGGGGUCAUGUAAGGGGCUGGCUCUGGAGAUGAUGCUGCAGGUAAGUUUGCGAGGCGGCACUGGUUGUGGUGGUUCUAUCGCAGCCCGCCAAAAAUAACGGAUCUUAGACAAAAACGGACACAGUAUAAGCUCAGCGGGAUCCGUUUAUUUUUCUUCUGUCGGAUUAGAAGAAUGGAAAACAAAACAGUAGUGUGAACGCGGCCUUACCUGUCAUCAGCUCACACAGGGUUAACUCGCUGCACCCCCGCCAGUCUGACGCCAGCCCGUGUGGGCGACGCUCCCGUGAUCAGUGACGUGAGGAUCAGCCCUCAGGAUGGCGGCAGGGGCACAGCUAGAGAGGUCCCACCCUGCACGUGAACCUGACAAUGGGGGUCCUUCACCAGCAGCCGCUUGCAUUGACCUUUUGUAUUCCCCGAGUGCACCUCCUAAAAUCAGGUGCACCUCCAGCGCGGUGCGCCUUUUAUGUAGAGCG